AUGAAGUUCCGCCAACUUUGGGUGUUUCUACUUCAAUUCGUGGUGAGUGUCUCUUUUUCCGAUGAUGAUAAGGAAGCCUUUGUGGCAGCCAAAGAUAAUGUAUCUUUGCCCACGUCGAAGUCAGAAGCUCCUUUGCCAUCAGACUUGCAGAACAUUGUUUCGAACCAAGGCAUAAGUUUUCCAGAAAUAGGGAGAAACUCUACCACAGCAAAAAGUUCGAAUAGUUCUGGACAUAUUUCAGUUUUUCGACCGAGCGCUCCGCAGCACCGCAAAUUCAGUCCUCCUACCCGAAGAACCACGGCUCCUCCAUCAGGCACUACGCCCAACGUCGUAGUCGCUAAACACCAGCACCUCGGUCGCGCUGGACUUAACUUGCCGACGCGCAAAACCACCCCCGGUGCACCGGGUUCUACGCACAAGCCACACAUUGGCCGCGCUGGUACUCGCGCUCCGUUCGGCAUCAUCGGUAGUACGCGCCGCACGACGCUGGGCACGAAGGCCACGAUCCGACCACUGACCAAGAUCUUCGACCGCGCGCGCACACGGCCACACACAAAGGCGACCACACCACGUCCCAACCGGGGUCCUCGAAUGCGCAUCACGACCGGGAAGCCGACGCGAAAGGGCUUCCCCAUCGGACCGAAACCGACGUCAGGCAACGAGACGAACUUCGACCUGGACGCGUACACGCGCCUCCUGCACGUCACCCGACGUCCACCACGUCCUCCGGAGCCGACGUGGCGCACGACGUUCUUCAACCUCACCGAUCCGACACCGGCGCCCAAUGAAGUCGAGGCACCCGUCAUACGCGUGGCUGGCAUCGCGAAGAUCGUCGAGGGAUGGGAAUGGUCGCCACUGCUCGGUGACCAUAACACGCACGAGUACCGAUACUUGUCCUACACCAUCAGGCGAAUGCUCACCUCAAUUUUCCGCAAGACCACUGAAGGGAGAUACUUCUAUCGAGUAGACAUCGAUGGAUUCAGCCCCGGGAGUGUUAUCGUGGACUACUUCGUCUUGUUCUACCAGAGAGGCGGGCCCGUGGACCCUAUGGAGCUCGCUUCAGCCUUCAAUUCCCAGCUUGGCGUCAAUGGAUCUUUGGGCGAGGAUUUCUUCUUAGACCCAACUUAUACCCAGUUUGAGGUGGUGGGCCUGGUGCGUCCGAAGCCGCUGGCUUCGUCAUCAGCCGAGCCUCCGGUGCCGCAGUGGGCCAUCGCCGUCAUUGUGAUCGCCACGGCGUCGCUAAUCUUCAUUGUUCUCUUUGGAGCUGUCACGAUUUACGGCCGUACCGCGGAGCGGCGCAAGUACAGCAACCGGUUGCAAGACGAUGACCUGGAGAAUGUGACGCCGUCUCCUAGCAAAGACUGGGAGAGCAAGCUGGCCGCAUCGUACGAGAACUUCGCUGCCGACAGCGUGUACGACACCGAGGACCUGCGCUCGCCUCCGCCCUCUCACGACCCGUUCCAGUACGACGACCGGUACAAGCGGAAGCAAUAUCAAGUGCAGCUUCAGCUCGAAUACCAGCAAAAACAGCUAGAGAAGGAACAGGAAGAACAACAAAAGCAGCGGUAUCAGCAACAUUGGUGGAAGCAUCAAAAGCAGUGCCAGAAACAGCAGACACACGAACAAGAACUUGAACAGCAGCAAAAACAGUGGUAUCAGCAGCAUUGGUGGCAGCGUCACAAGCAGCACGAUCGAGGGGAGGCACCAGAACGGUGGCACGAGCAACCAAAACAGCAGCAGCACAAGCAGAGGCACGAGCAGCACUGGUGGCAACGCCUACCAUCAACAUUGGAGCAGCACUGGCGGCAGCGUCAGAAAGAGAAAAAGCUUCAAAAGCAGCAGCAGCAACAACACCGCGAACAGCAACAGCAGCAAAGGCAGCAACAGCAGCAACAACAUACAGAUAGCGAGCAAGUCGAGCAACUCAGGUGUGAACUAGAAAAGAAGGCCGCCAUUGAAGCAACUCUCAACGCGCAGGAUACGUGGCGCAACAAGUGGGGCGUUCUGGUCAACAAGCUACCACUGCACGCACGUGACACCGCCUUCUGAGCAGACACGCACGUGCACAUUUGUACAGGCUCAACACAGUCACUGUAGGCAGAUGUCGUCAACUGCACCAUUCGAAAAACUCCACGCCAGUGCAUCGUACGGGUUAUUUCUGCCUCAUCUAAAAGAACAUGAAACAAGAAAUGUGAAAGUGACUCGAUAUACUGGCUUAGGCCAGUGUUUGUGUAUUCUACAAGCUUACAUUGUGCUUCGCGCGCGGACCGAGGCGGAUCUCAGAGACCACACAGAAAUAAGCGCAUGGUACAGAUCUUCUCAGCUAGGUGCUGCGAAGAUUACAACAUCUCUAAAAGAGACAUGAUAUUCCUUACCUGCUAAUUCAGUUAUUAUUUACUAACUGUUCUUCCAAGUUAAUUGAAUUUUCUCUUAGGUAAUCAUAUGAUCCUAUAUCAUGUGUAUCCAAUAUAGCAUUCAACUUCAACCUAAACUAAAGCUUUCGUACCACUUUAGAUUUUAAAAGCGAUUUUCCGAAUAUUCGGAAAACCAGAAUUGAGUGCUCAACUGGAAGUGCACGGAAGAGAAAAAAUGCGUCCCUCGUAGCUUGCGCCACUAGAAAUAAGAAACUGCUUAAUAGGAAAU